GAACCGAACCACUCCAUCAUUAGGCCACUGCCGACCCACGACGUUUGCGACGACUUGUACACUACGCCAGAUAUAUACAUACCUAACCUACUUAAUUCUUAAAUCGACGAGAGAAGAAGCAGGGAAUCCGAUCGCCACCCAGUCGAAUCUUUGACUUGGCGCCGAAAAAAGAUGGACACCAUGAUGACGCCCCAGCCGACAGGCCCGGCCUUCUUCUUUUACAGCCCCGACCCGAAUGCGGAGGGCCGGCAACACGGCCGUUUCAUCCCGCAGCAGAACAACAUGCUCCCGGUGGUGCCCCCGCUGCCCUCGACGCCGGUUUACUCACGGCCCGGCUCGUCGAGCUCCCAGCCGCCGCUGUUGCCCAAGGGCAUGAGCGGCGUGCCAGUGCUGCCGUCUUCCCUGACCCCCGUUGUAUCCCCGAUGCCCAUCUCCCACAAGCCGACGAUCGUGCUGGACACGGAGGUGCGCGACGCCGACGGGCCGUACUCGCCGUCGACCCCGCCGCUCUCGUCGUCGGGCAGUGCCAUCAGCAGCCCUGGAAGCUGCGACAUGCUCCAGACGCCGCUGAAUCCCAUGUUCUCGGGGCUUGACGGCAAAGACGCGGGCAACGCCGACGGGGAGCUCGAGAGCUUCCCCAACCUGGACUGGUCCGCCUGCGCUUCACCUCCGCUGACGCCUGUGUACCUCGCAUCGCAGGCUCAGGCGCCCCGAGCUGCAGGCGCCCCGCUCAACACGCGCGCCUGCGACCUCCUUUCUCCGGCUUCUUCUUGCCCGUCCCUCUCUCCCUCCCCCUCGCCCUACGCGCAGUCGUCGGUAUCGUCAGAUGAUUUCUGCGAUCCGAGAAACCUGACGGUUGGCUCGGUCAAUUCGACUCUUGCUCCCGAGUUCUCUGCGCUGCCGACUCGCUGCGCCGGCGAGGACGAGGACCAGAAGUUUGUGCUCAGGGGCGCGGCGCCCGCAAACUCCCCCAACUCGUCCCUCGAUUUCCAAUCGCAGCUCAGCACCACGCUGCCGUCUUUUGAUGCUCUUUCCGACCUCGACUCGGAGGACGAUUUUGUCAACGGCCUGGUGAACUUGAAUGACUGCGUCGCCGCUGCGCCCAGCAGCCGUUCCCGAGCCAGCUCUGACGCGCUGUCUCUCGACCCUGCGAACUAUCUCUGCGGUGACGACUCGGAAGAUUUCGAGGCCGCCGAUUCAUUCGGCGCCGACAGCCUCCUCAGUCCCGCGGACUCGUGCGAGGACGGCGACGCGCACAGAGACAAGCGACUCAAGAAAUCGAGGAGCACAAGCAAGCCCACCAUGAGCUCUGCGGCCGACUCUCAGUCCGGAAGCACCCAAAGCCAGUCCCCGCCUGGCAAUCAGGAGAGCACCAGCAGCAGCAACGCCACCGAGGCCAAGAACGGGGGAUCCGAGUCUAACUCGGGGUCUGAGAACGCUGGGCCGGCUCCGCUCCCGGCUCCCACCAACCGCCGCGGGCGCAAGCAGUCGCUGACCGAGGAUCCCUCCAAGACGUUUGUCUGCGACAUCUGCAACCGGCGUUUCCGUCGCCAGGAGCACCUCAAACGCCACUACCGGUCGCUGCACACGCAGGAGAAGCCUUUCGAGUGCUCCGAGUGCGGGAAGAAAUUCUCGCGGUCCGACAACCUCGCCCAGCACGCUCGUACCCACGGCUCUGGCGCCAUCGUCAUGAACCUGAUCGACGACCCCGACGCCGUGGCCGCCGCUGCGGCCAUGCCUCCGGGAUUCCCGCACCCCGUCAUGAUGGGCACCGGCAUGGUUGGCGGUGACGACUACCACACGCUGGGCAAGGUCCUGUUCCAGGUUGCCGCCGAGAUCCCCGGCAGCGCCAGCGAGCUGUCCUCCGAGGAAGGGAGCGAUCGUGGGAAGAAGAAGCGCAAGAGGACAGAUUGAGACUCCCACACAGUGAUGCCGCCCACGGUAUCGGCACCAACCCACAACAACUGUUGAUUUUCGCUUCUCCGCACACUCUUCACAAUGACGGCGGUGCACGCACCUGGAACGUGCCGUCGUCAUUGAUGCCUGAUACGACCCUGACGACUGCAGCCUGAGCAUGGGGAAUACAUUUCAUCGGGGGGUUGGGGUGGGGUGGUUUCACUGCAUAACUACGGAGUGGGAUCGCUCUCCCACUGAGACGCCGGCAUGACCCUGGGAAUUU